CGGAUGAGCCAAGCAGCCUGGUUGGUGGCUUAAGAAUCGGGCCUCGUGACGUAGCGCCGCCCUAUUGGCCGCCACUACCUCUCGCUCCGCCCUCCAUGCAUCCUCCGCCAAUCGGCGCGCUCCCUACCGCAAUGGCUCACGACGAAGAAAGCGAUUGCUUCAUGCUAGGAGAAAAGCUGUCGAAGAAACCGAAACGGAUCAGAACAAGAGUAGACGCCGGAGAGCCAAGGAACUCUUACUCGGCCUUCAGUAGUUUACCCAACUUGUGUGGUGUUAGUGUUAAUGCAGUCAGGCCGGGAAGUGCUCCUAACCUCUUCAGUGCAAGUCAACCCUUUUGUGGACUACCAUUUGUGAACUAUUUCAACCCCCCACCCACGGUGGGUUCGCGCGGUAUGCUAAGUGAGUUGUUCGGCGCCCACACCAAGCCUGUGGCGCCCUGCCCGCCUGAAGACACAGUGUCAAACAUGGGUGUGUUGGACAAAGUGACGAGCUCUAGCGUCCAUAGUGCUGAUGCGGUGAACUCUGUGAUUCGGGGGCCGGAGCCUGAUAACGUGCUCUUGCGGGAAAUCCUCCAGGGACGUAAACGGGACCUUCUUACUAUGGAGGAGAUAGAGGCCGCCCGCUCCUUACACAACAAUAAUAAUAGUUACAAGGGGGCGACGGACUCUGUAGAGGCCAACAACGAGGAGACUAACGCGGGCAGGGAUGAGAACAGCGUCUCGGCGGAGGACGCGCGCUGUGAGUCCGAGGUGGAGGAGACUAUGAGUCAGAACAGUCCGCGCACAGACUCCCCAGAACCCAGGAAACGUCUGGAGAAUAUCGUGAGUGUGAUCCGCUCCUCCCCCACCCCAAACACCACCGUCAACGGCUGCAAGAAGCGCAAACUCUACCUCCCGCAGCAGCACGAGACGCGCCCCAACUACGACUCCCAGAACGAGGAGGGCGAGGCUGCGGCCGAGCCUGACAACAAGACCAGACGGCUGGACGAGGACGAGCAGGCCGAGUCGAGGGUGGGCGAGGGCGGCGAGGAGGGGGGCCUCCAGAUUGACCUGAGUGUCAGAAGACGCUCCCCAGAGCCUCAGCGCCCACCCUCCCCGAAGCCUCCCACCUCCACCUCCUCCAACGACUCCAACGACGCCUCCUCCUACCUCCUGGAUUACGCCCAGCGAUUAAUACGCAACCAAGAGGCCCGAUUACAGAGAGAAAACGACAUGAAGAACACGGAUCUGAACGAGAAGUUGCAGCUGCUGCGGAACUUGAGUCUGGGGUCGCAGGUGACGGACCUGGAGGGCCUGGCCGACGUGCUCAAGACGGAGAUCACGGCGUCUCUGGCCGUCAUCAUCGACACCAUAGUCAACAAGUACGUGCAGCAGAGAAAACUGCUCACCAAGCAGGCGGAAGUGGCCGCCGAGCAGCUCAACCGGGAUAUUGCCUCGCAGCUGAUGGAGCGGUCUCGGUCCCCGCGGUCUCACAAGAUGCUCGACUCCAGAGGGCCUCCCAACAUGCCCAGGCUCAACGGCAUGCCCGCCCCCCACGGCCCCCUCAACCUCUCCCCCUACCCUGGCUCCGAGAACAACCUCAAUAACCUCAAUCUGCCCCACCUCCGGCCGCCCCUCUAUAAGCCCCCACACGGGUUCUUCCACGGCAAUCUGCCCCCCAUGGGCGGCAUGAUCCCCAGUGGGCAGUCGUCCCCCUACGGCGGGAUGGAGCCCGAGCAGGACGAAGCCCUACCGCUAGUGGUGACGCCCAAGAAGAAGCGUCACAAGGUGACGGACUCUCGCCUCACGCCCCGGACCGUAGGACGCCUCCUGGAGGACUUCCCCCGCUACGGUCCCUUGCCAGGGAUGGGUGGGCAGACGUCCCCUCGCAGCUCCCCUCCCCCGCCGCCCAUGAACCACCACCCACACCACCGCCCCACCUCCUUCCCCCAACCCCCGCCCCUCCUGCCAGUGUCGCUACCCACCUCCGUCGCCAUCCCCAACCCAUCCUUGCACGACACCAGUUUACUAUACCCAAGUUACUACGGCGGGCACCGGGCGUCGUCCCCCAUGGACGGGCGGCGGGAGGAGUCCCCCGCGGGGCCCCCGCCACCGCACCCCCACCCGCUCCUACACCCGGCGCUCCUCGCAGCCUCCUCGCCGGACUCCUUCUCUCGCUUCCUUCACGGCGCCGACCACGACCGCGCCUCCGACUGCUCGCCGGCGGACCCACACUACGACGGAGUGCAGCCUACUAUAUCCUUUUAUUCACCUGAACGUAAAUAUCAAAUCCAACCGUUUGUUUUGUGUGUUUUGCUUCGCAGAAAGUUGCUUGUGUAUCUCUCUCUCUGUCUCUCUCUCUCUCUCUCGUCCUCUCACACACACACACACGUCAGGUCACUCUCACGUCUCCUCACUCUUAGUGUUACUAAGUCAUUCAAAACCACAGUGACACCGGGCCAAGUUAUCGAGAAGUUUAUGUUAGUGUCCCUGGCACUCCCUCUGAUGGCUGUCCCUCCCCCAACAACCCCCCCUUCAGCAUGUCCCCCUCCCCCACACACCCCCACCAACAGUGCCACCAUCACCGUCUACCUACACCCCUCACACGCUAACUCAUUACCUCACACGUCAGUGUAGGUGUCAACACCCUCCUCAGUGUUCCUGAAUCAAUCCUCCCUCAGUCGUGCUGAGUCAGUCAGUCAUCUCUUAUAAUGUGAUCCAAUAAUUCCUCGCUACUUUCUCUCCUCCUCUCCCUCUCUCUCUCUCUCUCCCUUCUUAUCUUCCACGUGUCAUUUGUUUCCUAGCCAUCUUUCCUUGCUUCUCGGUAUCUUUCUUGUCUCUACCUUUCUUCCCCCUUCAUUAUCAUAGAUUCACUCCAUUAUCUCCUGUGUUUUGUCCUCGCUUUCCCUUCCUCUUCUUAUCUCCUGUUUCCACAUAAAAACACUCAUUUCAAAGUUAUCUGUGUCUGUAAUACAUCUUUCAAUUCUGCUUAUGGCAACCACAUAACUAUUUGACCUGCAAACUAUCUCCCAAGUCUACCCCCAAAACCCAUCUCUCUAGUGAUGGAUAUCAUUAACAUAAAUCAACCUCUUAUCUCCUAUCUCAUUUACAAAACAAGAAUCCAUGCUCUGUGGUCAAGUCAUGUUAUCCUCCUGGAUAAAAAAAAAAUGUUCCAAUGUGUUUACAAAUGCCGCAGUGUAAAUAAUACAAUAGAGGGGCUUAUUUUAUUAUUUAGAUUGUCUCAUUUCUUCUCUCGGGGUGAUAUUGGAGGGUGAUAUCAGGGUGAUAUUACCUUGUUUUUACCUUAAUUUCCCUGCUUGGACCUUUGCCUUAGUCUUGCCUAUCUGUGUGCUUCAUAUUUUACCCCUGCUUUUUUUUUACCUUAGUGAUCUCACUUUGAUUCUGUUAUAGUCAUAUUAUUCCCACUACCUAAGUGUUUACCUAAGAUUAGUUACUCUAAGAAUAGUUAUAUCUGUCCACUGUAUACCCAAGUCACUUCCCUUACCUUGAGGCUGCACAUUGGUUACCCUAAUGAUGUGUGUCACUUACCUCUAUCUGUAAUUUACCUCAGUGCACAUAAUAUCCCUGUCUACUAAUAAUUUCCUUAUUUACCUAAGGGUUUAUAAUCUCCCUUUUCAUUAUCCUUAGUGCUAAAUUACCUCCCUCACCAUCUUCCUCAGUGUUCCUCCUACCUCAUCAUCUCCCUAAGUGUUCCCCAUCUCCCAUUUAUUUGCCUCAAUGUUCCCUCAUCUUCCAAUCAUUUACCUCAGUGUUCAUUCCUUCUUCUACCUAAGUGAACAGCAUCUCCUAAUGUUUAUCAUGCUCCCCAAAAUCUCUACCUCAAUGUUCAUCAUCUUACCUUCCUGAUAAUUACCUUACCUCAUCAUCUUACCCCUUGUGAUGUUCAUUUGAACCUACCUUAGCGCCUAGUGUUUACCUUAGUGUUCCCCAUCACUACCUCCAGUGGCCGUGUGUUCCCCUCCCCCUCCCCCUCCCUUAGUGAUUACCCAACCCCCAUGAAGCUAUCUUCCCCCUACCAUUGAUCUCUUAUGUUUCCCUUAAUGGUCCUCGUUACCUUCUUCUGGCUACGUUACCUCCAUUGCUUCGUUUUUCACUCUCAGGGGCUCACAAUUUCCCCUUCAAUUUACCUCAAAAUCCAGGACUUUCCUGCACGUUACCUUAAUAACAUUACACGUCUUGCCUAAAUAAUUCACGCCACUCUACUGCCUACCUUAAUGCAGGCCUCUGCCGUAAUGUUUACCUAAAUGCUAACGUGUUGCCUUUCCUAAUUAGGUAGAUUGACAUAUUACCCAUUUCCGCACUGGCUGUGU